AUGAGUUGGUAUAAUAAUAAUAACAAUGGUAACAAUAUAAAUAGAGAUGAUGUGAACAAAACUCCCAUACAAAAUCAAGGUAAUCAAGUACAAGUUCCUUCGUCAUCACCAAUAAAAAUCACUUCAUCUCCAAAUUCAUCAACUAAUGAUAUUUCAACAACCACCAUUCAACAACAACCAAGUUUAUCAACAAAAUUAGAACAAGAAAAACUACAAAAUUUAGAAAGAACUAGACAAAAAAUAAGAGAACAACCAAAUUUUCCAUUAAUUAGAAAGAAAUUCUAUUAUGUAAGUGAAGGUGACAUUUUUAGAGCGUUCGUUAAAGGAAAGGGUAAUCUUCGAGAAAUUACAAAAUACUUGGAAGAAAAUUUCCCAUAUACUGAAUAUUUGGAGAAACAAAAGCAAAUGGAAGAACAAAAACGUAAAGAUGAAGCAUUACUAAAGCAAAAGAUUAAAGAAGAACAGUUCAAGAAAGAUUAUGAAGCAAGUUUAAGGAAGAAAGAAGAACCAGAUGAAGAAUUGAGUGAUACUGAUCCAUUUGAUUUUUUCAAACCUAAAUCGAUUAAAAAAUCAGCGUCUGUGGAGGUUGAAGAUGAUGAAGAUGAUGAUUUACCUACGAGAUCAAAAGGCAAAGCAAGGACUAAAAUAGAGGAUAUCUCACCAAUGAAAGAUAAUAAUCAAUCUACAAGAGUUGAAGUUAAAUCAAAACAAUCAAUUUUAAAUAAAUAUAGAAAUCCAGAACCUAAAACUCAUCAACCUACAAUUAGUUCAUUUGGUAGACUAGGUUCAUUAUCAGAUACCAACAACAAGAGAAGAAAAUUAGUUAGGGGUUCAGAUUUAAAUAGCUCAAAUUCUGGUUCAGUAUCUCCAAUACCUGCUCCGAAUUCAUUAAGUGCAAAAUUUAGUUUUAAAGAAGGAUUAAGUAAUAAUAGUAGUACUACAAGUUUAAAUAAUGGUUCAACUUCACAAAUGGAUGAAUUAGAAGAACUGGAGAGACAAUUGGAACUAAAUAUGAAGAAAGCAAGAAUGGAGAAGAAACAUUUUAAAUUUAGUUUACAACCUGGAGCAAAUAAUAUACCAAAUUCGAAAAAAGUUAUUACAAUUAGUGAUGAUGAAGACAUACUAGAAGAUGACAAUGCAAGUGAUUCGAUGUCUGAUGCUGACCUAGAUGCUGACUCAUAUGAUGGUCUUACAUCGAUAGAUGCCAAAAUCUUGGAGUUUAUAAAUAAUGCACCAGUUGAUGAUAUAGUUGAAAUAGCAGGUAUAGAUCCAGAUACUGCUGAACUUGUUAUAAAACAAAGACCAUUUAACACUAUUUAUGAGAUUUCAGAAAAUGAUUUUACACCAGAUACUGUUGCCAAAAACAGUAGAAAGAAAAAAAUUGGUAUGAAAAUGAUUGAACAAACUGAACAAAGUUUAAAAGGUUAUAAAGCUAUUGAUUCAUUAAUCAAAAAAUGUUCUGAAUAUGGUGAUAUAAUCUCAAAUCAAAUGAAAGAGUGGGGAGUUACGGCAACUGGAGAUUCCGGAGAAUUAGAUAUUGUUGAUUUAGAUCCAAUUGAAAAUAUUGAUGAUGAAGAGAAACUAGAAAAAGCAAAUGAAGAUGAUGAUAAUGAUGAUUUGAUGAUUGUUAAAAAGAAAGGAUUAAAAUAUAUCAAACAUAAACCUGCAUUAUUAGCUGAUGACAUUACUUUAAACAAUUAUCAACAAGCUGGUAUUAACUGGAUCAAUUUGUUGUAUACAAACAAAUUAUCAUGUAUAUUAGCAGAUGAAAUGGGUCUCGGUAAAACAUGUCAAGUUAUUGCAUUUAUAGCCCACUUAAAAGCUAAAGGAGAAGCAUUUCCACAUUUAAUCGUUGUACCAGCAUCAACUAUUGAAAACUGGAUAAGAGAAUUCAAUAAAUUUUGUCCCGAUAUAAAAGUUCAAGCUUAUUAUGGUACACAAAAAGAAAGAGAAGAAUUAAGAUAUGAAUUACAAGAUGUUAAUUAUGAAGUUUUAGUUACUACAUAUUCAAUGGCUUGUGGAUCUCCACAAGAUGCUAAAUUUUUAAAAUAUCAAAAUUUUAAUGUUAUUGUUUACGAUGAGGGUCAUUUAUUAAAAAAUUCACAAUCUGAAAGAUACAACAAGUUGAUGAAAUUGAAAGGUAAUUUUAGAUUGUUGUUAACUGGUACUCCAUUACAAAAUAAUUUGAAAGAAUUAAUAUCAUUACUUGCUUUUAUAUUACCUCAUGUUUUCAAUGAGAAGAAAGAAGAUUUAGUUGGUAUAUUCAAACAAAAAGCAAGUACUAUAUCAGACAACAAAAAAACAUCUACAAAAGAAUAUAAUCCAUUAUUAUCAAUGCAAGCCAUUAAAAACGCCAAGACAAUGAUGACACCAUUUGUAUUAAGAAGAAGAAAAGAUCAAGUAUUACAACAUUUACCUGCUAAAAGUCAUGAAAUUGUCAACUGUACGUUAACACCAGAUCAAUCAAAACUCUAUUUUGAUUGUUUGGAAAAAGGAAGAACGAUAAGAAAAGAAAGAAUUAGAAGGAAAAACUUGUCACAACAAGAAGUCGCAAAGCUCAACAAAUCUGACCCAAUCCCAACAUCGUCUAACGUUUUGAUGCAAUUAAGAAAAGCUGCAUUACAUCCAUUAUUAUUUAGAACUCAAUAUCCCGACUCCAAAUUAAAAUUGAUGGCGAAAGCAAUAAUGAAUGAACCUGAAUAUGUUGAAGCUAAUCAAACUUUUAUAUUUGAGGAUAUGCAAGUCAUGUCAGAUUUUGAAUUGGAUAGACUUUGUGUUAGAUUUCAUCAUACUUUAUCUAAAUGGAAAUUAGAUGAGGAAUUGUACUUAGAUAGUGGUAAAGUUAAAGAAUUGAAGAAAAUUUUAGACAUAAUUAUUAAUAAGAAGAAAGAAAAAGUAUUGAUUUUUUCAUUAUUCACUCAAGUUUUAGACAUUUUAGAAAAAGUAUUAUCAAUAUUCAACUUCAAAUUCGUUAGAUUAGAUGGAUCGACAAAAGUCGAAGAAAGACAAGAAACUAUAGAUUUAUUUUAUGAAGAUCAACAAAUACCCAUUUUUUUACUAUCAACAAAAGCAGGUGGGUUUGGUAUCAACUUAGUAGCAGCAAACAACGUCAUCAUAUUCGAUCAAUCAUUUAAUCCACACGAUGACAAGCAAGCGGAAGAUAGAGCACAUAGAGUUGGACAAUUGAGAGAAGUUACUGUGUACAAGCUCAUCACUGAAAAGACAGUUGAGACUAAUAUGUUAAUGGUUGCUGAGAAUAAAUUACAGUUGGAUUAUAGUAUGUCUACAAAUGAUGAAAAUGCUAAAGAUAGUAAUGCAAGUAAUAGUAAAUUUGAGGAAAGUGCUGCUUCUAUAUUUGAGAAGAUCUUGUAUCAAGAUGAUAAAUAG